GAAUCUUUUUCUUUUAUAAACUUUUUUUUUUAUAAAUUUAAUUUAAUGUAAGAAAAUCUUACGAUUUGUUUAUUGCGAGAGAACACAAAACAACGUUCUGAUCGGAGUUGAAAAACGGAAAAACGAAGGGGAGAAUUAGGGUUUUGAUUUAGGAGGGAAAAUUCUUAAACCCUAAAUUCACAAUUUCAAUUCGUUCACUUCCACAUUCAUAAUUCAAAAACCCUUCACUUCAACUCGCCACCACCACCACCACCGCCACCGCCACUACCAGAUAUUGACUCUAUUCGCUGUAAUAUGUCAUAUAAUAAUAUGAACACCACAGUGCAAAGAACUCCAAGGUCUGGUAGACAAUCAUUGUUUUUUCAGGAUUUAGCUUCCCCUAUUUCUUCCCGCCGGGGAAAGUUUUCUAGUCCAGGACAGUCAGGUGCAUCUUCUUCUCUAUGGCGUGAAAACUUUGGUGGUAAUUCGGACCUUCCUCCGCCUCCUGUUUUCACCUUGGAAGACAGAUCAGACUUUUCUCCUGAAUCAGGCAUAUUGGAUUACCAAGUAUCUCCCGAGACUAAGUCGGACAAUAAAACUCCUGUGCAAACUUUAAAUAGAGAAUUUUCAACUCCAGCAAAAGGAAAAUCUGAGGCCAGUACAUCUUAUGCUUUAAGAGGGGUGCAGCAAAACCAACAGGGCUCGCCGGGUUUGAAUUGGUGGUCACCUGCAACUGCGAAGAGUGGUGGUGAACAAGAAGAGAAAGGAAGGAGUUCUCCAGUUGAGGGCGUGGUUCAGCCUAGUGCUUUGAUUACUCUUCCUCCACCACUAGAAGUGGCAAGACCUGAGGUCCAGAGGAGUUCCUUGCCUGCAGGGAAUCUCAACGAGGAAGAAUGGGUAACAGUAUACGGAUUUUCUCCAUAUGAUACUAAUUUGGUUUUAAGGGAGUUUGAAAAAUGUGGUGAAAUUUUGAAACAUGUUCCUGGUCCUAGAGAUGCUAAUUGGAUGCACAUUUUGUAUCAGAAUCGAUCUGCUGCACAAAAAGCUCUUAACAAGAACGGAAUGCAAAUUAAUGGAGUCCUAAUUAUUGGCGUGAAACCCUUGGAUCCCAUACAACGUCAAUCUUUGACCGAAAGGCUUAACAAUCAAGGAUUUAUGCCUAUUCCUCUACCCUCUGCUAGAAACCCAGAAGUAAGUACAUCAAAAGCUCCUACCCGGCCAUAUUAUCUGCAGAAUGGCAACGCAACUACAAGGCAGACCGGAGGUACCAUUGCAUCCCCAACAAAAUCAUUGGCGUCCCAGAUAAUGGACUUGAUGUUUGGAGUCUAGAUUAUCUGUUCUGGCGAAUCAAACUGUAUCAUCAUGUGCUUAUAAAAAAAAAAACUGGAUCAUCAUGUUUUAUUAUAAGCAAUAUUUUACUCUUUCAGUUAUUCAUACCCUCUGAAGAGGUUCGGCGUGUAAUGUUCAUUGGAUUUGAGUUGGAAUGUUUACUCUUUUGAUUGGAUUUUUUGGCAUCUUAGCCUUGCAAUGUUAUGAAUGGCUAUGAUCAGUAAUUUGUGGCCAAAUGUUUUGAGAAAUGGGAUCAUCAUAUAUUGGCAUGAGAUACAGAUACAUGUUGAUCAAUGUUUAUGUAAAAUCUGCUCAUUGUGCAGGCACUUAAGAUUUUGGACAGAAAUGAAUGUAAUGUUGAUCUGUUUCAUUCCGGCAGUUCAUCUACUUGAAUGUUGUUUUUGUUUAUGAUGCACUUUAGAUUUUGAUGUUCA